CCCACCCCCACUCCUCCCAUCCCAAGCCCACCUCCCUAGCCCCUUCCCUUGCCCCCCCUCCAUCCUUCUCCACCCGCAGGAGGAGCAGUUCUAUCCCAUUGUGCACCCGGAGAAGCUGGAGCGCAACGUGAUGCUGGUGGUCAAGGUGUCGGACGAUUUCACCGCAAAGAUCCAGGACCUGCAGCGCGCCAUGGUGCUGCUGAAGGAGCUGCGGCACGCGCUGAACAAGGAGAAGAUAGCGCCCGAGAGGGAGCUGCUGGAGCUGGUGGCGGCGGACAAGGAGGAGCAGGUCCUGGAGGCCCUCGCGGCGACCCACUACCCCGACAAGAUCCGGCUGCGCUACCCCGCGUUGAAGCGCGUGCUGGCGGACCUGGUGCGCUGGCUGGACCAGAACACCUGGAGCGAGGGGGCGCCGCACAGGGAGUACCAGGUCCUGCUGCGCGAGCUGGGUCUGGUGGACCUGCUGGUGCAGUACAUGGAGGCGGCGCGGGUGCGGUUGUUCGCGGCGAGCGGCAAGCUGCGGACCACACGGCUGGGGCAGUGGGUGGUGGACAGCGGCAAGCAGUGCCACAGGAUUCUGCAGCUGGCUUGCCAGGGCAACGAAAUCAACCAGGCCUACCUCUCCCGCUACGCCGCCAUGGUCAUGUCGCACCUCUCCCACCCGCUUACCGCGCCCGACACGCUGGCCGCCAUGUACGAGGACAACAUGGCGCAGAUGCAGACGGUGUCGCCAGACAUCGUGGCGGCCAGCGUGCGGCUCAUCCGGCUGCACGGCCAGCAGCCGCGCUUCAUCAACUUCCUGCGCCAGAUCUGUGGCACCCGGGAGCGACCCAUGCCCAACAACCAGAACUGGAUCGUGGCUGAGACGCUGGGCUCGGGGCACGACCCGCUGGACGUGUUCUGCCGCGCCGGCCCCGCCAGCCUGCCGGACAGCGCGGGGCAGAUGCGGGAGACGUGGGCCAUCACGUGCCGCCGCAGGGACGACCCCAACCAGUUUGUGGUGGUGGACACCAGCCAGUUCUGCCACGACGUGGAGGACCUCACCAAGCGGUCCAUUCGGGAGUGGGACCUGUCGGGCGAAGACAGCUUCAGCCCGCGUGAGAUCUUCAUCUACUACUGCUACAGCCUCAAGUUCAUCGUGUCGCUCUGCUACGGCCGCAACAGCCUGGCGCGGGACCACAUUCUGCGCGCCUCGGAGCGACAUGGGCUGGGGCUGGAGUUCGGCGCGCUGCUCAGGGCGGUAACCGACAACCGCCUGCCGUACGGCAUGCGCAGCUACCUGAUGCAGGUCCUCCGCGCCCUGUACGUGGACAUCGAGCCCUACCAGCCGCUCAAGCUGCCCCGCCACGUGCGCAUGAUGUCGCGAGCGGGCGCCAUGCGGCUCAGCCUGCUCUCCGCAGCCAACUCGCCCACCAUCAACAUCCUCAUCGCCACACUGCUGGCGGAGCUGAAGGAGGCGGUGGCGGCGCCGGCGGGCUUUGACGGCACGCAUGGGGAAAAGGCGGCAGCAGCGGAUAAGGGCGAGGAGGCGACGGAUGACGCGCUGGAGCGCGGCGAGCGAACCGUGGGUCGCAACAUGCUGGUGCUCAACAUGCUCAAGCUGGUGCACGAGAUGUUCCGACUGGGCAUGAUGGAUCUGGACUCGCCCGUCACGCAGGAGGUGUUGCUGGUGCUGCUGGAGCUGAUUCAGAAGCUGGACUCGUUGCCGCUGGACAUGGUGGAGAGGUUCAAGAGGAGCUACUCCUCCAAGGUUGUCAUGGAGGCCAAGAAGGAGGCCAUGAAGACCAUCGACUUUGCGCUGGACAUGAAGAGCGAGGAGCAGUGCGCCGCCAUAUUCGAGUACUUCGCCAGCUGGCAGCGCAGCCCCGAGCGCCAGGAGUACUGGGCGCGGCGCCAGGCGGCGGAUGCGGCCGGCAAGCGCAGGGGCGGCAGCGGCGGCGCGGUGGCAGGAGUGGCGGCGGCGGGAGAGGCAGCGGUGGCGAUGAUUGGGGCGGCGGGCAGCAAGGCGAUUGGGGCGGUGCAGGCGGCGGCAGGCCUGCUGGGCGGCCCCCGGGUGCGCUCCGGCGCCUCCCUGCUCAGCGGCGGGGGCAGCAGCAACAAGGUGGCCCCCGCACCCUCCACCGCCACCGACUCCGCCGCGCGAGACCCCGAGGCGCCGCCACCCGCCUCCAAAGACAGCACAAGCGGCGCUGCCGGUGCUGGUGCUGAGGUUGCGGGAGGCGAGGAGGAGGGGUCGGGCUCCUCGGACUACGGCGGGCUGAUGCGGUGGGUGUCCUCCGCGUACGACCGCCUGGCCGCUGACAACGAGGAGGACGACUUCCCGCUGUUCCGGCUGGACACGCUGAGCGACACGGAGCCGCUGCACCGGCAGGAGGCCAGCCCCGUCAUGAAGCUGCUGGACCUGGCCAGGUACGAGGACCAGGACCUGACCGCCAAGACCUUCCAGCUGCUGGAGCGGCUCACCAGCAAGCGCGAGAAGCUGCUGGGGGAGCUGAUGCGCACCUUUGUGGUGACGGAUGACGACCUCAUCGCGCUGGCGACAUGGGCGCUCAAGCAGGUUGAGGUCGCCCAGCACGCGUACAACUACCUGGGCUCGCUGGACCCGCGGGAGAGCCGCGACGCCUGCAACAAGGCGGCGCAGGCCAUCGACGCGCUGACCAGCCUGCUGGUGCCCUACUCCAGGAUAGACAUCGGGGGCGGCAGCAUCGAGGAGGCGGCAGCAGGCGGGGGAAGGGGGGCGGGCGGGGCGCCGGAGCGGGUGAUUGUGUCCCGGACGACGGCCGCGAACUGCCAGUACCUGAUGUACGACAUGCAGAUCCACCUCAUGGUCCUCAAGUUCCUGAAGCUGCCCCUGCGCCGCAAGCCCAGCGCCAACCCCCGCGAGAUCCAGCAGGCGGAGGACCCCGCCCGUCUGGAGGUGUUCCGCGCCUGCCUGGCCUUCCUGCGCCACUUCAUGGUGGUGGGCGACCUGGAGGCGGGGGCCGCGUGCGUGUACUCGCACCCCAACCAGGCUGCCGUGCUGCCGCACCUGGGCCUGCUGCUGUCCUUCCUGGACACCCGCGGACUGCCCACCUCGGACACCGUGUCGGCGCUGUUCGUGGGGAACAAGGCCAAUGCGGUAGCCGAGGGCGAGAAGGUCAUCCGCAAGCUGAUCAAGCUCAUCAUUCGCUACGGCGACAAGCAGCACGCGGGCUGGCUGGAGCUGCUGGGCAAGGUGAUGGUGGUGGAGGGCGCCCCCCUCAAGCGCAACCAAAUGGUGGCGCUGCAGCUGCUCACGCAGUACGACGAGACCGUGCUGGAGCUGCUCACCGGCCCCGACUCGGGCGGCCUGGAGGAGCUGGCGGCGCUGCUGGCCUCGGAGCGCCUCUCCGCGCGCCCCUCGCCCGAGCCGCCCGUCUCGCGCCUCGCCUACCACACCGCCUGCGUGCAGCUGCUGGCGGAGUGCUGCACCGGCAAGGAGCCGGAGCUGGUGGUGCGCGCGUCCGGCUACCUCAGCCUGGCGCAGGUGCUGGACGUGCUGCUGCUGCAGCCCAGUGAGGAGGCGGGCGUGAGCGAGGCCAACGUGCGCUACGUGCAGCGCGCAUACUGGCGGCUGCUGCAGCACUGCUACUUCGCCACGGACACCGACAACACCAAGGUGCAGGUGCGGCACGGAGGCAACCGCAUCUGGCCGCUGCAGGAGGAGGGGGAGGAGGGUGCGGGCGGAGAGCGGAGGGGCGGCGGCAUGGGGAUGGGAGAGGAGGCAGCGGGUGGCGAGGGCGGUGGAGGUGGAGGUGGGGGAGCGGGGCUGCUGAUGCACCGCUUCCUGGACCUGCCUGCGGGUGCUGACCGCAAGCAGCUGGGCGGUGGGGGCGGCAGGUGCCUGGUGCAGGCGGUGCUGGAGGAGGUGAAGCGCGCGCUGGCGGAGCCCUCGGACGCGCUGGCCAACGCCGACAGCGCCGCCUUCUUCCUGUCCACCUGCGUCUUCCCCGCGCUGGCAGAGUACUUUGACAACCACUGGCACAGCCACGUGGCCAAGCUGCCGGCGCACCCCGCGGUGAUGCUGGCAGAUCUGUCGAGCCACCUGGUGGAGCUGUACGGCAGUCUGCGGCGGCUCAAGGAUGUGGCCAACAGCCAGUCCGUCAAGGCGGAGAUCAAGAUGGCGCAGGCCAACAUACGCUCGCUGCUGGCCGCCAUGCCCCCGGAGACGCAUCCGCCUGAGGCCGCAGCCAUACUGGGCAAGACCACUGCCGCAGCAGCGGCCGGGGUGGCGGGUCUGCUGGCUGCCCCCGGCGGCAAGUCCUCCGCGCCCUCCACCUCGCAGCGCACCACUCAGUCCACCAGCAGUCAGAAGGUGGUGCAGCGGGAGUGGGUGCUCUUCCUGAGGCGGCUGGCGGAGCAGGUGAGUGUGGAGCUCAACCCCGCCAGCCACGAGAUCGUGGAGGUGCUGCACUCCAACGCGCUGGUGGCGGCGGCGGCCUCCUCGCUAGGCAUGGGCGACCGCACACCCGUGUUCGAGCAGGCCGCGCUGUUGCGCCUAGCCCGGCUGUUUGCCUCCCCCUACGGCCGCCUGGUGCCCUGCUCCAGCCCGCCCAUGUGCUUCGAGGAGCUGAUGGCCAUGCUGUGCGAGCUGCUGGCCUCACGUGGGCGGGGCGGGAGCAGGGGCAGGGCGGACGGCGGGGGCGGAGGUGGGGGUAGCGACGGCAGUGGCGGUGAGGGGCGGCUGCAGGUGGGCCCUGCGGACUGGCGGCCCGAGCUGCUGGUGAAGCUGGUGCGGGUGGUGCGGGCGGCGGUAGUGCUGGACGACGGGGCGGGGGCGGCGGACAGCGCGGCGCUGCGGGACGCCUGGGCGGCCAUGGGCCUGCUCCGUGUCGACUCGGAGCGGGUGACCGAGUGGCACCCCCCCUCCGCGGCCCGACUGGAGUGGCGGCAGGGCAAGUACGACAAGCUGGGCGCCACGCGGGCGGCCGCCACGCUGCUGGCGCACCCCAUGCCGGAGGUGCAGCUGGAGGCGCUGCAGCUGCUGGACGUGCUGCUCAAGGGCAGUAAUACCUCGGUGCAGUUCACGCUGCAUGACGUGCUCAAGGACGGCUCCCCGCUGGCCGACGCGGUGUUCGCCAACGGCAAGGCCGCCUUCGACCGCUGCCGCAGGUACGUGGCGCAGCGCACCUACGGCGCCCGGCUGCGGGAGGCGCCCAAGCGGAAGGCCACGGAGCUGGCGGAGGAGGCGAAGAAGGCGGUUGCUGGCGCGGUGAACGCGGUGCUGUCCCGGGGCAGCAUGGUGGCGGGAGUGGCGGGCUUGCUGGGCAAGACGGUGAUCAACACGCUGGCCACCACGGGUGUGGCGGCCCGGGACGCGGGCGCCCGCCUGGUGGCCGCACCCAGCCGCCCGCAGCGCACACUGGCGGGGGCGGCAGCGGCGGCAACAUCGGCGGCGGCGCUGCUCAAGGCAGGGCCGGCGCCAGCAGCAGCAGCAGCGGCAGGAGCAGCAGCGGGGGGUUCAGGAGCCAGCGGCAGCGCCUCGUCCCCUCACAGCCUGUCCCGCCGCUUCCUCUCUAACCGCGUCGGCAGCCGCCUAGGCAGCUCCAAUGCCGGUGCCGGUGCGGGUGUGGAUGCGGCGGUGGAGGACAGCGGGGGCGCGGCGGCGGAGGGCCGGGGCGGCGGCCGGCCGCUAGGGGAGGCGCUGGAGGAGCCCCUUGGCGGUGCUUCCUCCGCGAGUGGGGGCGGCGGGGGUGCAGGCGGGGAGGAGGAGGAGGACGAGGAGGAGGAGCUGCGUUGGGAGGACAAGGCGCCCCGGCUGAACGCCGCUGACAACGCGUACGAGUUCAGCCGUGUGCUGCUGGCGGUGCUCAAGUCCAUGGUGGAGGGGCACUUCAAACACCUGCAAGCGCUGCUGCAGCUGCAGCCCGCCUCCUCCGCCAGCAUCGACCUGGUGGUUGAGGCGGUUGACCUGCUCAACGUUCUGCAGGACUUCCUGCCCUCCGCGCUGCUCAACGAGGACAGCGAGCUGGCGCAGCUGAUGGUGCUGGUGUGCCUGUUCGUGCAGGAGAUGGUGCAGGGUCCCUGCCCUGGCAACCAGCAGUCGCUUGCCGGCACCAACUUCCUGGCCUCCUGCAACCGCAUCUUCAACGGCAUCGAGUACUCCAGCCGCAGUCGCGAGGGGCGGCGCGUGAUCGCCAACAAGUGCGCAGUCAAGUGCGCGCUGCUCAACCUGCUGACCAGCCUGCUCGAGGCGUGCUCCUCCAGUGACAUCCCCGCCCGCUGCCAUGACAUCCUGGAGUUCGCCUCCAUCGACCGCCAGAUCUUCCAGCUGUGCAAGGUGCUGGGGCUGAGCGAGGGCUGCAGCGUCAUGUACCCGCCGGACGGGGAGGACAUGGAGGAGGGGGAGCCGGAGGAGCUUGCCGACCUGUCUGCCCGGCUGGAGGACGAGCUGCUGCUGUUCUGCGCCUACGUGCUCAAGCUGCACGCCGUCACCCCGGCCAAGGAGCCGCCGCUGCCGUACAUCUUCAAACUCUUCAACGGGGAGGAUGUGGACAAGCUGCUGGACCAGCUGACCCCCGACCAGGCGUCCUACGCGGGCGAGCUGCAGGCCUUCCUGCAGCGGCGGCUGGGCUACGUGGAGAUCAACUGGAAGGGGCAGCUGAUCGAGCCGUGCUUCUUCUCGCUGACGCCCGAGUGCAGCGCGCUGGUGACCAGCAGCGUGUGGUGCGAGGCCACUCUGGACCGCAUCAACAACACCGUGUCGCCGGACAGCCGCGCCUUCCCCACUGUCAAGGCGGCGGAGCUGGUGGAUGUGAUGGAGGACGUGGUUGACGACAUCGAGCUGCGCUCCCAGCUGAUGCGCAGCAAGUGGCUCAAGCUGGUGAGCGUGCUGGCCAACUGGCGCAUGCGGCUGCUGGAGGCCACCUUCUACCUGGCGGUGGCCACCCUCAUCUUCCAGGCGCUGGCGGACGCGCGCUGGGGGCCGCACGACGAGUUCAGCUCGCGCAGGGACAGCUGGGCCACCCUGGCGCUCAGUGUGGCGGUGAUGGUGCAGUCGUUCGUGACGCUGCUGCUGUACAUCGCGUUUGCUUACACGGACCUGAACAAGUACCUCAGCCACCAGGUGCCGCACACCUCGCAGCACACGCAGCACAUCCUGGCCGCCGCCCGCGACUUCACGCUGGCGCUGCUGGGGCGGGGAGAGCAGCAGCAGAAGGGAGCAGCGGCAGCCUCAGCCGCCUCCUCGGCCGCCGCACCCGCACCCGCGGCAGGCGGCGGUGCCGCAGCCGCUGUGGAUGCUGGUGGGGUCGCCGCUGGGGGCGCCGUGUCCGGUAAGGACGCUGCGGGUGCAGCUGCUGGUGGCGGCGGCGGCAGUGGCGGGGGCGCGGCGGGCGGCAAGGCCCGCGAGCUGGCCAGCCUGCGUGAGGGCGCGGCGGCGGCUCGGCGGCUGGAGCUGCGGCCGCCCCCGCAGGAGUCUCGUCGGGGCUGGGGCGACCUGCUGCUGUGGGUGUUUUCGGUGCUGGUGUCGCUGGCGCGGUACACCAAGUUCUGGUACUUCAACAUGCUUGUGUCCGCCUCGCUGGCGGGGUUCUUCGUGUCGCCCUUCUUCCUGGUCUUCCACUUCACCAUCUACUUCCUGGACUUUGAUAGCGGCAAGCAGCUUGUGUUGGCCAUCCAGCGGUCCGGCACCAGCAUCCUGAACACCUUCGUGCUGGCCGUGCUGUCCAUCUACGUGUUCGCGGUGGUGACGUUCCUGGUGUUCAGCGACCCCACGCGCGUGGACAAGGGCGACGGACCGCCCUGCGACACCUUCUACAAGUGCAUGGGCGCGCACAUGCUGACGGGAAUCAUGGGCGACAUCUCCACACUCUUCAACUCGGACCUAUGGGACACCGUCCCCGACAAGGUGGGUAUGGACGGCCUGCAGCAGGCUCGCAGCCUGUUCGUGCUGGCGUUCUUCAUGCUAUGGAACUUCGUGCUGAGCAACAUCUUCGUGGGCCUCAUCGCCUCCGCCUUCGAGGCCAUCCGUGACGACCAGAACACCAUCACCUCCGACCGCCUCUCCAAGUGCCUGGUGUGCAGCCAGGACAUGUACCUCUUCAACGAGAAGAUCCAGGGCGGCUUCGACGAGCACAUCCUGAAGCAGCACAACGCGCUGUCGUACGUGUACUUCCUGCACCACCUGCGCGCCACGCCGCGUGACGACUACACGGGCGCGGAGAGUGUGGUGGCGGCGGUGCUGGCGGGCGCCAAGACCACCACCGACAAGGGCACCUGGCUGCCGGUCUCCAAGUCGCUGGCGGUGAUGCACGCGGUGGCGCUGGCGGCGCAGGCUAGCAAGGAGGCGGGCGGGGGCGGGGCGGGGG